AGCCAUUUCGGCUCAAGCCGCGGGCAAAGUGGUCGCGAGAGUCCCCGCGCCCUCGCGGCCCAGGGCGGGCUGGGCGUGCAGUACAGGGCCAUGGGCGGCACGGGCAAAGGCGGCGGCAAGGGGAAGCGGGCCGCAGAGGGCAGCUCUCCGAGCAGGUCUCCGAGCCCGCCACCGGCGGAGCAGCGCCGCGGAAGUCCGCCGCCGCCCCGCUCCCCGGACCCCCCGACGCCCGAGGGCGUGGCGCCCGAGGAUGUCUCCAUGCGGGCGAAGAUCUGCUACAACUUCCUAGCCUUCUUCGCCUACUGGUUCGGCGCCGCGCGCUUUGACAUGGACGGUGAUGGUGACUUCGACGCAGCGGACGUGCAGGCCAUGAUGAACAGAGGGAGUUCGGCGUUCAUGCUCAACUUCUCGCGGCCAGUCACAAGCAAGAAGGCGAAGGAAGCGCGCCGAAAGAAGGUUGAGGCGAAGAGGAGGCAGAGAGAAGGUCAGAGUAUCGGUGACCAGGUCGACGGCAUCUUCGACGCUGACGUCGAAGAGGAGGCUCAGGAGGACGAGAUCAUGGACAACCUAAGGCAGUACUGGCCCUGGUUCAGCAUCAUUGAGGCGACCCUGUGCCUCGGCUUGUGGGGCGUGAACGCGUUCAACACGAGGGCCUACGCAUUAAUACAGUGGGACAAGGGUAUCACAGACGACCUGAAGCUGAUACAGUUUCGCAAGGAUGACCCGAACGAGCAGCUGUUCCUGGACGAUUGCAAGAAAGAGUGCAGCGCUGCCGACGAGGCGUGCGUGGGCAUCGGCUGGAAGAAUGGGCCGUGGCCCGAGUGCUUCCUGCUGAGCUCGCUGCCGGAAACUGAUCCCACAUAUCUGCCCUGCCAGAAAGACGCGUGGGACUGGCGUACCUACAUGAAGAAGACGUGGACCCCCUUCGACAUGUUCUUCACAAAGGGAGGCGUAGAGUACAUCUGGCCCGGGUUCACCACCCUGGCCGCCUACAGCUACUGCCAUGAGGGCUACGACAUCAGCUUCCUGUGGAGGUGGUGGAGCUACCAGUUCACGCACGGCAGCAUCACUCACGUUGGCGCCAACUGCUUCAUGUUGAUUAUGCUCGGCAUUCCCUUGGAGGGCUGGCAGGGAACAGGCAUGUUCGCUAUCAUGUGGACCAUCGGGGUUCUAGGCGGGGCCCUCUGCUGGGCGCUCUUCGACCCCUACACCACCUCGUACGGCGCCUCCGGAGGAUGCUACUCCCUGCUCGGCAUGCACGCCGCAGACCUGAUUCAAAAUUGGGGCGACAAGAAGUGGCGCUUCGGUACAAUCUUAAUCAUGCUUCUGGUCGCCGGUGUGGAGUCGGCCGCCUUCUGGGCUUCGCGUGACGAGGAGAGUUCUACGGCUCACACCGUGCACAUCGGUGGCAUCGUCGCUGGGCUCCUCAUCGUCUUCACGACCGGCCGGAACGACCGCUGGAAGGUUUGGGAGUACGUGUGCUCCGCGAUGGCCUGGGCCGUGGCAGCCAUCCUCGUCGUCGGGAGCAUUUACUUCUGGUUCUUCUUCAACGAGCACCCCGGCAUCGCCAGCUUGUGGAAGCCGCUUACUGGCAAGACUAUGGAACGCCCCUUUUGUUGGAUCGGGUAUGUGUGCAUCGGCGAUGAUGGCAACCACUGCCCGCUGAUAGACGACAUUAACGAUCGUACGACGAACGCCGGCUCCUACACGAACACGUUGAGGCAGUGCGUCAUGUGCGACACAAGGGAAUGUGUGGAGGGUUGGUACGGCGACACCUACGAGGUCACCACCGCAGGGGUGACCACUGAGCACUAUAAGUAUUGCCCGACUGAGGCGUCGCGCAACUACUGCACCUUCACCACCGGCGACAGCUUCGACCUGUGGUACCCUCCGACCAAGAGCGCGUACCAGCUGACUGACACGCCUGCGCCGUCACCUGCGCCGACGCCUGCACCGACGCCGACGUGAAUGGUUGACCGGCAGGCCCCUCUGCCUUGCGUGCCGCCACAAUUUGUCGGCGCCAUUUGUCCAUCGGGAGGGGCUGUUGUGGAAGAGCCAGGGGGGGUGACAGACGAGCAGGCUCUCUUUCUCUUUCUCUUUCUUCCCCGUCUUUCUCUUUUCUCCGCAGCCUUCCAGGCUCUGGCACCUUGGCCCAGGGAGGCCAGACGGCCCCCUUUUCUGCCGCACAGGAGUGCGGCGACACCCACAGAGACGGGCGCGGGCGCGCCCAAGAAACCAUCGUCCUGGCGAGUGCUGCUGCUCUGCUGCUGUGCUGCGAUCAGCAGGGGGGGAGCGAUUCGGCUCGGUCGCUCGCAGAAAAGGGGCAGGGCCAAGGCGGCCUUCUAAAAUGCCCCCCUCCACCCCUCCUCUGAGUGGGUGAGGGGCGCGCAGUUUGUUUAGAUACUGAUUCCUUCCAAUUGGCCCGUCGCCUUCAAGCAUUUGCCGAAAAGUGCUAAUGUGUAUGGUCCGUAUGCCCGCUGUCUUUUCGCCCAGGGAGCCCGCAGGCGCGCUGUAAAAUCUGACGCGCUCUGGGCCUAUGGCUGGUGGGUUUCGCCCAGAGACGUAUCACCCAGAGACCGAGCGGAUAAGGAUGAUGAGAGAGAGGUGAG